CGUACGUGCAAACAACGCCUCUCGCACGCGCGCGGCUGCUGCUGCUGCUGCUGCCUGCAGCGCGGCAUCUGAUUCUAGUAUAAGUUUGGUUUACGCAGCUCUCGCGCGCUUCGCUCGCUUCACCGGCCACCGCGUGCUUAUUCCUGCACGAUGGCCGCUACCACGACGUGCUGCCGGGGCCACGCUGCCGUCGGCAUGCCGCCGCCGCCGCUGUUCGAGCUCGACCUCGAACAGCGCCGCCGCUGCCCCGGCCUCGGCCUCUGCACCGAGGGCCUCGGCUCCGAGAGCUCCGAGAGCUCCGGCGGCGACGUCGACCUCGUUGGCGGCGCGGCCGACGACGGAGCCUCCGACGACACCGACGUCGUCGGAGACCACGCGCUGCCGUGCAAGCGGCAGCACCGCCUCGACGACGACGACGAUCAGACGGCGGCCGCGUGGCCCCUCCCGGCGUGGACGAGGAGGGCGUUCCCGCCGCCGAUAUCGGUGAUCGGCGCCGGCGGGAAGCCGUGGCUGUACCUCCGGCCGCACCGUGAGGACGGCCGGCUGGUGCUCCGGGAGGUCAGGAUCCCGUCGCGGGAGCUGCUCCAGGCGUGCCGCGAGGAAGGCCGCUUCAAGCUGCACUUCGCCCACCCGGAGGAACAGCAGCAGCAGCAAGAACAGCUAUUGCUAGCAGCAGAUGAUCCAGAUCCAGCAGAUGCGAUGCUCCAAGAAUAGAACAGGUUUCGGUUGCUACAGGAAUCAACAAAGCAGAAAUGAAGUGACCACCAAUUACAGUGUACAGAGUGGCAAUGGUGUCCGAGCAGGCAUGCAAUUAAGCACAGCUGAAAAUCACAUUAGAGACGGACCUUUCAAGGAAUCACAUGCUCAGUUCACAAGAACCCUGGGUUUAGUUAGUUGAUGGAAAAGGAGCAGAUAGCACGUGAAAGCUCACUGAUGCAUGGUUCUUCAAAGCCAUCACGGAUGCUGUACUGAAAUAAAAGAUCCUGAUUCUUCUAACUAUGAUCAUGUUCUUAAAUCCAAUAAUAAAAAAAAAAUCCAGCAGUACCACAAUAAGUGUAUAUGCAAACACUUUCAAAUCCAAUUAUUUCAAGAAACGCAGUUCGGA